CAUCGAGUAGAUUGGCAAUCAGUACACUACCUGCACUUGUGGCACGUCUUUGGUUUGUAGAUGAAGUUUGUGUACUAGAGACUCGACUGCCGAAGGUUAGAAAACUCGCAACCACUCCCAGGAACACAGUAGAUAAGAGUUUUUACAUCCUGAACACGUUUAUUACAAAACUUUUGUCUCCUCCAAUGAUCGAGUCCGGAAAUUCAGUACUUGGAAGUCAGUGCACAUGUUUAGCACAUAACCAUGAUGUCAUAUGAUAUUUGUUUGCCAUAUAAAUGUACUUACCUGAUCUGCGAAGCCAUUUCGAAGAAGGAAGCUGAGUUGAUUGCAGUAGGUGUAUCUACGCAGUCUACCAUCGUUGUGUAGCAAGUUCAAAACAUCGGACAAGUACGCGCUGAAUUUUAAUAAGACAAAUCAUAAAAGUAUAUAAGACAAGAAGCUGCAGAUAGCAAUGCCGCUUCGAGUGAGCAGUGACUGGUCUUCAGAUCUGAUGGAUGUGAAAAAAAAUGCACAGCAUGUCAAGAUAAAAAAACCUUCGAGUCCUGAACUCUAUGAAGAUGCUGCCAGAAUUCUUGAGGAACUUUUUGCAAAGCGACUGGAAGAUCAAUUUCCUGGUAAUCCUCAUCGUCGACACCGAACAGAUCCUUUGCCCAGCCAAGUUGUGCAAGUACCGGUUGAUAAUUUUUGUGAACAAGGUGCCUUGGAAGACAGAAAAGCUCAUACUUUGCCAUCAAAUCCAAGGCAAUACAUCAAUCAAGGUUUGAAACAAAGAGAUGUGAACACGCUUGGAAGGAAAACUAGCGAUACACAACAUUCUGCUGAUGCUGGUUCCAUUUCAUCAGCAGAUACUGAGGGAGACAGCUCUUCUGUAACUGAUAAACGCAGAAAGAAAACCUUGUUCCGCAAAGCUAAAGACAGAUUGCUUCAUGCUUUUCAUCGACAAUCAAGAUCUACAAGAAUCUAUAAUAAUUCAGAUGGAGAUCUGAAAGAUGAAGACAGAGGUGAUGCAAAGGGAAGAACUUUACAGAAGGCUUCUCCGAAACAUAAAGGAAAGGAGAAGAAGAAGGGUGUGGUGGAAAGUGUUGUCAGGAGACUUUCAACAAAGAAAGACAACAGUGAUGGUAGCCAGAGUGUCAGAAGUGAGGAGAAAAAUGGCAGUCAGUUACCUCAGAAAGAGAUUGGCAGACAUAAGAACUCUGGAAAAGGUUUGAUGAAAUCUAUCCGAAGGUCCCUUUCCAAUAAGAAGGAGAAAGGUUGUCCUCCAGAGGGAUCUUCAGUUGAUGAUUCAAGUAAGACAGCAACCUCGCAAGGCUCUCCGGACAGUCUUCCACUGUAUUCACCUCAGUCUGUUGCACAGUCUAACAGCACUGCAGAACAUGGGCAAACAAGAUAUGGGCUUGCUCCUGGCAGACACGAUCAAGGACUUGCAGUAUCACCAGGCCGCAACUCACCAUCCCCAUUUCCCCAAAGCACAAGCACAGACUCUUAUAAUGACAGUGGCAACAAAUCCAGCAGCAUUCAUUCCCUUGCUUCACCCCAUGUUAACUCUUCUUCCAGUUCCAAGAAUGUCUUGGAUUAUCCAGGAGAGGAUAUUCAGUUUAUGGAUGAUGACGGCAGAAUAAGAAGCAGGCAUGCUUCUGGAAAUGACAAAAGAUCAAGCACUAUUUUUUUUCAGAUCCCUCCGCCUAUGGUGACAGUGGAUUCAGGAUAUUCAAACAAUGGAACCACCUCACCUAUUCAUCCUCCACCACCUCCACCCCCACCUCCACCAGGGGAAAGUGUUCAGUUGCAAAGAUCUCGUUCUUUGCAAGAAGACGGUGAUACCAAUGAUGGGGCUGGAGGAGGUGCAAGUGGAGGUGUCCCUUUUCACAACAAAACUUCUGAAGAGAAAGAGAAAUUAUACUCCAAGAUUGCCCAAAAGCUGAUCACCAUAGCAGAUAAAUUCAGUGCUGAAACUGGCCUUCCAGAUUCAGAGGCCCACCACAAGACAGGAUAUCAAGAAGCUGCUGUUAGCCUAACUGACCUAGAGAACCUAGAGAAAGAACUUAUUGAUUGUUUAAGAGGCAAAGGAGAUGAACUUUCACAUAAAAUUGAUGCUCCAGCAGAAAAGUUAGUUGAGCAGACCAAAGCACAAACAUAUGAACGAUUUGAAAAGACUAUUCAGCAUUCUCUGGGUAAUGAAGUAAGCUGGAACCAUCUUGCAUUGUUGUUCUACUCAACAAGAACAGUUGUGAAAGCUGUUGGGCGUAGCUCUGAGGCUGCAAAAGACGUAACAGAAAUGACUUUAAGAUACUUCAGUGACAAAUUUGCAAGCUGGAUUAUCGACCAGGGUGGCUUUGAGACAUUGGCAGAAUCAGACUCGGAACUAGAUUGACAAAACUCAAAUCGGCACAAGUGCUGUGAACAACUACUGUCCUGACAAUAGCAAAAUAAAGGAAAGAAGAAUUUUUACUAAAAGUUUUAGCAUGUAUAUAUGUCAUCAUGGAACUUGGGACCAGAUGAAUGUCAUGCCAAAAAGGGACUACGCAGAUGGCUGAAGUUCAGACAAGUUUGGGCUUGCUUUUACCUUCUCUGUGCACAGAGAAGGUAUGGAUAUACUACUUUGUUUUAUAGUAUUUAUUAGGCAGCUCUGCAUUAGCCUAAUGGACCUGUUGUUGCAGUGGAUGUUUUAUAGAAGUUAAAAUACUCCAAUGCAAUUACUCCCAUAAACACAAUCAAGAACAUACUGUAGGAAAUAGGUGUUUUUAAGUAGGAUGAAAUGUGCAAUAGUAUUAAUAACAUACAGAAAACAGUUUAACCAAUUAUAUACAAAAAUCACGUGGCCAGCUUGCAUAACUUCCUGUGGCAUUACAGCUGUAACUUUCACUGCUGACCGUACACAUUGUUCUUAAUUCACAGAUCGUUUAUGGUCUAUUAACUGUACGAAAGUCCAGCUUGGAAAAGUAGCAGAUAUAUUCCUAUGCAGCAUAGUCAUUGAAGACCACUGACUGUCCUGUAGCGAUGCAUAAAUUUACAAGGGCUAAGACCCUAAGCACAAAUACCAUACAAAUAGGAACCAAACAAGAACUAGCUCUAGAUCUAGCUCUGCAGCCACUUAGAAAAGUGAGAUUUCUGGCUCUUCCUUAAUCUGACAUUAAAAUUGCUCUUUCUUUGCCCAACAUUAUCUAGUUCUGAACUUCUGACUCUACAUUAACUUUGAGAGACUUAUUGCAACCCUCCCCACUACUCUACACGCAGGCAUAUCCACUGACCUUUUUAUCCUGUGGAUGAUCCUACAACUGAAAACUCUCUCUGAACAGCCUGCAGACUGAUAGUAGUGACACGAAAUUCGAGCCAGCCAUACCCACCCAUGGAUGGAGCAUUUUCUGUUCUCAGAUAGCAAAUUGGUUUUCUUCAUCUAGUUAGUUAAGUCCUAUAGACCUCACCUCAUUUAUGUACAUUCCUACUUCAGUAGACUUGUCAGUCUUCUGGUCCUUUUUAUAAACAGUUUCCAAAACUGAAACGUUUCUUAUAUUUGUGCUGUUGCUGUUUGCCUGAUGUAACACAGACCAAACAUAUUAGAUCGUGAUUAAAUGCUUUGGACUUUUCCUUUUUAGCUUUCGUUAGAGAUUUGUUAACAUUUUUUGUUUGCAAUUGAUGAGGGUCAAGACUAAGACAUCAUCCAAUUGAUUUAUUUGGUAUCAGGGUACAUUAAGGUACAAGAAAUCUAUUAGCAUAUAUCUGUGCUAUCAUUUUUUUUAAUCAUUCAGAAUGUUUAUAAUUCACAUUUUUACAAAAUGAAAACUACUCACAUUGUUCACAAAAUGUGUCAUUAGCAUUCUUUUCUUUAAUAUGUUCCUUGUUGCUUGAUACAGAGUCUGUGAUUUCUGCUUUGUACUGUUUUUUUGUAACUGCAUGUAUAAUAUUAACUAAAUAAUAAUAAUGGUGUAAGCUUUUAUAGUGUGGUAUCCCAGCCAAAGCCAGGCUCUCCACGCAUUACAAAUAAAAAAAAUGCAACAGAAAAUUCCUGUGGCUCUAUGAAGUUAAUGGAAAUGCUAGGCCGUUCUUCUGCUGGAUGGCAUUCAUAGACCAAGAUAAUGGUGAGACAUAUCUACAGAUUGGAAAGUCAUUGGACUAGAGCAGAAUAGAUAUAUAAUCAGACACAUAGAUCAAGUCAUCAGGAGAAUUUCCACAUGAUCGCAAAUUAGAAAUUACAGUAAAAUGUGUAAAUAAAUGACUGUUUGGCACUGAUAAAAAGUCUAUCACAAGUAUGACUUGUGAAAAUAAAGAAACUGUGAUGGCGUUAGCCAGAGAAGAGUAACGGUGAUGAGAGAAUGUUGAAAGAGGAAAAACAAAAAACCACAGGUGAGGAAACCGUCCAGCACAAUGCCGAUGAUGUCAUAAAAAGAACAGUAACAUUAAGUACUAAAAGCACCACAAAUCCAAGUAGAAAACAAAAAUGCAGAGAACAAUCUGUUUUAGAGAUUUGUUGCUGAUGGGGUAAACAAGGUGAUGUAGCUAAUAAUAUAGGUAGAGAUUUAUUGGGGUUUAAUAAAUCUGUGUAAGAUACUUGAUAUGGCUAAUAAGAUUAUGCAUGAUUAACCAUUAAUAGUAAUAUCAGUAAUAUCAGACAAUCACAUUUUUCCCAGAGAGUACAUGCUGAUGUGGGAGCCUUAUAUCAAGCCAGAGUAGCCCUGUUUCCAGCAAAACAUGUUAAAGGAUAAAAAAAAUAUCCUCCUGAUAUAAAUUAGAAUUGUUCCUCAUCAAAUGGUUGUGUCAAACAUCUACAAAUGGUAGGAGAGAAUAUGGAGGUGGGAUGGGGUUGUGUUUUGUAAACAAGUGCAAUAUGCAAAGAAAGAAUAACAUGCCUGAGACUAGAUCUGAACUCAAGGAUACCUGAUCCAGUCUAUAUCAGUGAUCAUAAAGAGAGAAAAGAGAAGUAUUUGUUAUAGAUUAUUAUUAUAAUGUUCAAAUCCCAUUAUGUUUUACAUGCAAGUAUCCAUUAGGUGGAAACAUGUUCUUCUAAAAGAGCUACAGUGUUUUUUCUCAAAUAAUUUUUGGAUAUUUUAUGAUGGAUGUCUGAAAAUUUGUAAGAACUACUUAGAUUGUGAUUCUAGUUUAUUAAUGUCCAAGCCUAAUUCAAUAGUACAUAACAUUCCUCGGUAAUUUUGGUAUGUGUGUCUAGCAGUAAAAAAAGGUUUGAAUAAAAAAAAUUAGAAUUUGAGCAUUUCAUUUUAUUUGCCAGGUACUUAAGGGUAUUUAAUUUUUUAUUUUAUAUCUUUUUGCUAAACUAUUUAGAGCAUGUUUGAGAGUUUUCCAUACUUUAAGUGCCAUUCCAGUAUUGUGCACAAGGAUUUUUUGACUGGAAUUUUAAAAUGACAUUAGCUUUGAUAACACUCAGAUUUUUGGAGUAUGUUGCAAAUCUUACAUUGCAUACAAAUCGUGUAAAGUAUAAUGAUUCAGAAAGUGUGUAUCAUUAUAUCUUGGUUAAAAAAAUAUCAGAGAACAUAACCUUAGCUAGAUCUGCAUCAUCUCUUGGUUGUUUAUUGUCUCUCAUAUAGUUUAUGUAUGUAGAUGUAUUUUGUGAAACUGUUCUGGUAUGGUUCAUUCUAUAUUUUGUGUGCAGCAUGCAAAUGUGUAUGUGGUGAGAAAAAGAGGAAAAUGACUCAUUUCUGUGUGUCCAUUUUUAUCUUUGGUAAAACACUUUAUAGACCCUUGCAUGUGAACAUAUCUGAUAUUUUUGUAUUCAUGAUGUUAAGAACUAUUGUUAUGUUCACAUAAAGCAGAAAAGAGCUUGACAGUUUCAUAUUUUAAAAACUGAUUGUACCAGUGAAGUCUUUCUAAUUUGUGAAACAUUCCAGAUUUUUGUGCUCACCUUGUUGUGCAAGGAUAUAUAUUGUGAUCUCCAUGUUACAGAUUUUUUUAGUUUUCACUGGUUAUGGAAAUAAAGCUUUCAAUUUUUUUUUUUUUUAAAAUCAAAUGCA